AAAUGGAUAAUAAAGAAAAUAUAGAACACAAAAAUCAACAUGAAAUGCCUAAGAUUCAAUAUUUCUCAUAUUUUCGAGGCAAGUUGAUGUUUAAGGAUGAAUAUAAAUUAGUCAUCAUAUAUUAUCGAUAUGACAAAGGGAUUAUUCCUCCUUGUGAUUUUUGUGGGCGUUAUUCGUGA